AUGGGCUGCGUUAUUUCCUGUGGCUUGAAGCUCGUUCUUCAAAUCCUCAAUACCGUCCUCUGUGUGGCCUUCCUGGCCGUCGCAGUGUUUGGAAUUCUACUAAAAUUCUCCAGAUUUAUGGUUCAACAGCUGUUGUCAAAGAUUUUUGAUCAAUUUAAUGUUAGUGAUGAAGAUUUGCGUCAGUUGGCUAGAUUCAUCACUGAAAACGCAGAUGGUAUCGCUAUAAUCCUCGUUGUGGUCGGAUUGGCGCUAGCAGCUCUCUGUCUCAUCGGGUGCAUUGCUUCAUGUUGCGAGCACAAUGCACUGCUGAAGAUUAUGGGUCCAACAUGCUGUGGCAUGGAUGGCUACGGUGAUUUCGUUAAACUGGGCAAACAGCCGCCAGUACAAUGUUGCAACAUGACAGCUAGUCCGUGUGAUCCUCAGGCAGCACAAACGGUUAAUAUGCCAGGAUGUAGAGACAAAAUCGUCAACUUUGCCGCAUCAAGCAUGAAGAGUUUAUUGUUUGUUUCUAUUUGCGCAAUUCUGUCACAGGCCGCUCUCAUCAUGAUUGUGAUACUGCUAAUUUGCUCGUCAACAAAUGGUGGCGGCAAGAGAACAUCAAAGUGA